AAGGAGAUUUUUUUCCUGAUUUUAACUAGAUAUAUAACAAAUCAUCAGGCAUGUGGAUCAGUCGACCAGAAAACGUUUUUGAAGGUGUUCAAUUCAUUCAAAAAUAUACACCAUUCAAACUUCUACAAUCAAUAUUUAAAUAUUUCAAUUGGGAAGCAGGAUUGCAGAUAUUGGAAUUUUUUGAAAGAGCAAACGGAUAUUUUAGUGCGUUUUUGAUUCCUUCCGACUUCGACGACACUUUCCUCAACAUUGGUCUAGGAGCCUUGUUGAAAAACACAAAAGCAUCGUUUCCCAAACUUUACAAUAUCUGGGCUAAGAACAAUAUGCAUUACGAAACUGCAUUUCGAGACCUUAAGAAGUACGCUUACCAACCAAUGAAUAUUGAUCUUGAUGCGAAUGCCAUUGACACGAGAACUUACUACUACCUCAGAGGGUUUCUUGAAGAAGCAAAGAAAAAUGGUCAAACUGUUUCUCUGGUCACAACCUGGGUUCAAAACAUCACUGAAGAACGUUAUCUCAGUUCUAGAGGAGUUAGUAUGCCGUUUCACAUCAACAAUGUGGAUACGACUGUAGCAGCAAAUUCUAUAUAUGGUCUUACUACAGCGGUACUCUUCAACUUAUCAUCAAGCAAUUGGUUUGAUAUGGAAAUACAGACAAUUUAUGCCAAUACAACAAGUUUGAUUGAGUGGUUGAUUGAGCAUAACGUGAUAGAGGAACGUCCCGACUUGGCGCUCACUUACUACCCGUCACGCUACAGUUUCUACUAUUACGUAGCGCGCACUUUGUUCAUCUUGGAAACACAGUAUGUGUCUGAGGGUAAUUUACCAAUGGAAAUUCUUAAUCAAACUAGAACAAAAUUUAAACGGGUGUUGCAAGGUAAAGCUAGUGAAAUGAUACUAAGCGAAGCCAAUCCAGACGGUAAUGGGUUGUACUUUGAAGAAUUCCUUGGAAAUGGAGACACAGAUUUUUCAGGGGCGCCCAUGAAACGAGGUGAGGACCGUUUGUUUUCCACUUCAAUGGUUAUUAACUUUUACAUCGCUACGUGGGCAGUGCAGGACAAGACCACAGGCAAGCUGCAUUGGACAGAGGGUACACCUAAUGACAUCAAGGAGGUCGUUGAAAAGGCUGUGAAGUGGUUGAACACUUACAUUCUGGAAGAUACUUACAAACCAUUUGGUGCGUUCUUCUCUGGUUCAUUUAAGGGGGAAGAGAGUGUGCCCUUUUAUUUUCCAACCAAUCACAUUGAGUUUCUAAACGGCACAAUACUACCUUCAAACACAUCUAAAUUUGAUCGCAACAUAGUCGUUGCUAUGUCAGGGGUAAUAGGUGAAGAGGAAUAUGAAGAUCUUCUUAAGAUAACUCAUUUUGGCAAGAUGACUCCAACAAACUUCACAGGAUACAAUGACCCAAAUGCUGUGUUUCCCUUUUGGACAUCUGAUGCAUAUACUUAUGCAAAUACGCUAUUAGCCCUUGCAAAAUUCCAGAAUUUAAAUAGUUGAUAUUUCCUAUACAUGGAAGCAUUGCAUGUCAGGGGUGCAGGUUGGUUUUAGUCAUGGGGGUGGGGGUGUGAAAUGGUGGAGUGGG